GCGGCGCCGGGGGAGGGCUUGAGAUGAGCGUACUACUGCCCAAUAUGGCGGACUUCGACACGAUCUACGAGCUGGAGGAGGAGGAGGAGGAGGAGGAGUCCGAGCCUGUGGUGCGGAGCCAGGAGCUGCCUCGGCCCCGCGACGCGCCGGAUCCCGUAGCGGUACGGGGCGCCGGGCACAUCACCGUGUUUGGCUUGAGCAACAAGUUUGAUACAGAAUUUCCUUCUGUUCUGACAGGGAAGGUUGCCCCAGAAGAAUUCAAGACCAGCAUUGGUCGUGUGAAUGCCUGUUUAAGAAAGAAUCUCCCUGUCAACGUAAAAUGGCUGCUCUGUGGCUGUCUGUGCUGCUGCUGCACGCUGGGCUGUAGCCUGUGGCCUGUAGUCUGUCUUAACAAAAGAACUAGAAGAUCAAUUCAGAAGUUAUUAGAAUGGGAAAAUAACAGACUAUAUCAUAAGCUUGGUUUGCACUGGAAGCUGAGCAAAAGGAAAUGUGAAACUAGCAAUAUGAUGGAAUAUGUAAUAUUAAUAGAGUUCUUACCAAAAUAUCCCAUAUUUCGACCUGACUGAGGAACAGCGUUGGGGUCUUUUCCUGUUUCCUAUCGUUUUCUACCCUUAGUGCCUUGUAGAUGAUUUUGGAAAGAAGAUGGUCUACUUUGCUGUGACUUUAAAAACAUUCUUCAGUAGAAUAUCUUCCUUGCUAUGUUACUUUCUUUUGUUAAGAAGAGAACAAUUUGCACAUUUUUUUUAAUGUUACAUGAGGCUUUGAUGUUGCACUCUGACUUUUUACCAUUAAGAAGAAUGGAUAGAGUUGCCACUAGGGAUCUAACAUCAGUGCUGCUUAAACUUGUUCUGAGCAUGCUGCCUUAUUAAUUUCUUUAUUUGCUGUCCUCCAAUGUGCAGCCUAACGCCAUGUCAUACUAUAGUUCAUUCUAAAUGUUGUAAGCCAAGAAACCCUCAAGUAGAAACAUCCAGGUAAGCAUCUAGUAGUGAUGAUUUUAGUCUUAACUUGCUCGCAUAGGACCCGCAAUCAAACAGCACUGGUUUUGUCCUGCACUUUGCAAAAUCAUCAUUUGACACGAGUGGGUUAAUUCUUUUACCCGCUAUGGAUUUGUAAAUAUUGACUCUUUGCAUAAUGUAAUGUGUGGUAUGCCAAGGUUUACAGAAUGUAAUAUAGCUCUUGUUCUAUUGCCAACAGUCCCACCUUGUUCUCCUCAUCACAUUUGCUGUUACCCCUCUGAUUGUAUAGACCCAUCCACAUGCUGGUUUUAUGGUAAAGCCAUCCAAGUCUGUACAUACUAAUAGAUGUGUAGGGCUCAGUUGCACUUUGAUUAGUAAAUGAAUGAAAAAUG